UUUUAAUACUGCCCUAAAAGACCAAAGCCCUUGAAAAGGUUGUACAACCCCUAACCAAGACUAGAAAGAGGGAAAAUUUCCGGUGUGUUUUAGUGUUUUAAGGAAAGGGAGAGAAAAAUGGGGAGAGGCAGAGUUGAGCUGAAGAGAAUAGAGAACAAAAUUAACAGGCAGGUUACAUUUGCCAAGAGAAGAAAUGGGUUGCUCAAGAAAGCCUAUGAGCUCUCAGUCCUCUGUGAAGCUGAGGUUGCUCUCAUCAUCUUCUCUAACCGUGGAAAGCUCUAUGAGUUCUGCAGCAGCUCUAGCAUGAUGAAAACAAUUGAGAAGUACCAAAAGUGCAGUUACGGUGCUCUGGACCCCAACCAACCAAUCAAUGAGACACAGAGCAGUUACCAGGAAUAUUUGAGGCUUAAAGCAAGAGUGGAAAUCCUGCAGCAAUCUCAGAGAAACCUUCUUGGUGAAGACUUGGCUCCACUCACCACGAAGGAGCUUGAGCAGCUUGAGCAUCAGCUGGAAGCAUCCUUGAAGCAGAUAAGGUCAACAAGGACUCAAUGCAUUCUUGAUCAGGUUGCUGAUCUUCAAAGCAAGGAACAGAUGCUGACUGAAGCUAAUAAAGCCUUGAGAAAGAAGUUGGAGGAAGCUUGGGCACAAGUUCCUCUUCGACUAGCAUGGGAGGCUGGAGGGCAGAACGUUCAAUACAGUCGUCCCCCACCUCAAUCGGAGGGGUUUUUCCAGCCUCUAGGAGGCAACUCCACAUUACAAAUUGGGUACAACCCUGUUGUUUCAGAAGAAAUGACCACCAUGGGCCAACAUCUCCAGAAUGUAAGCGGAUACAUCCCUGAAUGGAUGCUAUGAAUUGUUACCAGCCCUUUAACAUAACAUAAGAUUUGAAUUUGCCUGUGGAAUAUAUGUACCGUAUUCAUCUUUCACUAGUUUAAUUUCCUCCUUAGUUUGUAAUAUGUUUGUUAUGUAACAUGUAAAAUUAUAUAUGAAAGACCAAUAAAUAUAUAUAUGAUUGUAAGUUGUAAUGGCAUAAUGACAGCUACUUCUAAGCCCUUGAAUAAUAAAGACAAUGCUUGUUG